AGUAAUUAUUUUAUCUUGUUGUGUGGGGUGGGGUGGGGUGGGGGAGAAAAUAACACGAACCCAGUCAUCUCCUCAGCAAAAUUCCCAAUUCCGUUCAUAUUUAUUCAAACCUAAAAAUGGAAUUCAAAGAAGAUGAAAUUCUCCAAAAACGGGGCAAAUCUACAGAAAUUGAGUCCAUUUGUGGUGAAGCUUCAGUCUUUUCAAUGCCUAAUCUUCCUGAAGAACUCAUCACAGAGAUCAUGUUAAGGCUUCCAGUGAAAUCCCUUUUACAAUUCCGGUCUGUUUCAAAAUCAUGGCUUUCCUUAAUCUCUACCUCUCAUUUUGUGAAGACCCAUCUCUUAUUAUCUGCUAGUAACAAGGAUUACAUCCACCACGGAGUUAUAUCUAAGCCUUCUAAUACCAGCCGCGGUGUCAAAGAUUGUUCUGUUAGCUCUUUACUUUACGAUUCUGUACCUGAGUCAUUUGAAUUGGAUAAUCCAGGUAAAAAUCCCAAUGCUUUUCCUCUCUUUGUGGGUUCGGUUAAUGGAUUGAUUUGUCUUGCUAUCAAUCUAUUUUACGGAUUUGAUUGCUUUAUUAUAUGGAAUCCAUCAAUUAAAAAGUAUAAGAAAUUGCCUUACGAAGAGCAUAUUGUUCCUUAUUUCACUUUUGGUUUUGCAUAUGAUGAAUUCGAAGAUGAUUACAAGAUAGUGGGUAUUUUCCCUAUUUAUAAUUAUGCAAGUCUUUGUCGUGUUGAGGUUAAAAUAUAUAGUUUAAAGAGUGAUUCUUGGAAACGUGUUAAGAAUUAUAAAGGUGCGGAACUCUUGGGUGAUUCUGCUAAGUUUGUUAAUGGGAAAUUUCAUUGGCUUGAUAAGCACUGGAACAUUAUUUCUAUGGAUUUGGCGGGUGAGAAAUGGGAAGAGGUUGAUCAGCCCUGCUGUUUCAAAGGAUGUGGAUUUUUGAAGCUAGGAGUGUUUGAGAGUGAUCUUUCUGUGUUUUGUAAUUACGCGUGGACUCAUGUUGAUGUAUGGGUUAUGAAGGAAUAUGGAGUAAAAGAAUCUUGGACAAAGAUGUUCACCGUCAAGUCACCCGAAGAUUCUGGGGGACGUAUAUUUUAUCCAAUUAUAUUAAUGUCAAAUGAAGGUGAAAUUUUGCUUAAGUUUGGAUCACGUUUCGUGAAAUACAAUCCAAAGGAUGACUCAAUCAGAUAUCUAGAUGUUACUAAGUUAGCUCCAUGUCUUGAGGUACAAAUAUAUGUUAAGAGCCUAGUUUGCCCUUUUUACUGAUGAGAUCACGAUUUCACCAACAACGCAGGCUGAAAUAAUUCU